UCUGAUAUGAGGUUACAACCAAUCGCGUCAUUAAAAGCGACACUGAAGUCGGAUUUGGAGCUUCACAGCCAUGUAACGUUAGCCGUGGAUUGCCAUUGGCGUCUGGCCGCCUGUCGCGUCUGCGUUGAUUUUUUUGCAAUGCGUCUUUAGAAAGGAGGAAAGAGCUACUGCAAGGGAGCGAUGAGUGUGAACCAGCGGGACUUUGUACCGAGGUCUGGGGCUGAAGGGGAUGCGGCGAGGUACAACAAAGAGUCAUUCCAAACGUGCUCACUGCCCAGACUCCUUCCCAGUCAACGCCCCUUGCCAACUAAGUCAUAUGUGUACAAACCCCAAGAGGACAAACUGAAUCCUUACAGACGCUCCGAAGCCUCCAAGCUGAAGUUGCCACCAAUCAGGGACACCGCCAAAUUGAGGCAGCAGUCUACAAACAACAUUAAGGAGCUAAAGAAUCAGAAUUAUGUGCUGCAACAGCAACUGCAAGAUUCCAAGACGGAGAAUAAACUGUUGAAGAACGUUCUGCAUCGCCACACGGUGGCGCUGCAGCAAUUUCAAGAUUUGGAAGGGAGCAUUUCUCAGAUACAAGACCAGCACAGAAACGAAGUGAAAGCUUUGCGGAGGUUGCUCUCUGAGACGCGCUCGAGCCGCGAUAAGCUGGCAAGGAAGCUGCAAAGCACAGAGAGAGAGUUGUUGGACUGCAAAGACAGGAUCAAUCACCUUCAGUGGAGGGUCAACAAGAAUCCCAACCUGCUGGAGAAGGAGGAACUUACCCGCAGGCUCACUGAGUUCACUAUACAUCUGGAGGAGAAGGAGAGGAGGAUACAGGUAUUUACGUUUUCACAACGUCCCAGCGUCAUUGGAAUUGGGUUCUUGGAGAAGAGUAACAUGUUGCUUCAAAGCUCACUCAAUCGCCAAGUAGCAACAGAAUACAAAAAGAUGUUCAGAACCAAUGUGAUGUCUCUCGGUCUACAAACCGCAGUUUGUGAAUUAUCCAAGAAAACUCAACCGGACAGAACAAGAGAAGCAGAGACAAAUAAUAUAAAUACUAUCCGAUUGCGAAAACAUGGAAGAAAAGCCAAACAAAGCAAGAUGGUCCAGACGGAAGAACGUGUCUCGACAACCAGUGAGACUGACGAUCGGAUGAAGUCAGACAUUUCGGAGACUGAUGAGAAGCUCCAAAGGUGGCAGAGCCCUGACAGCUCGGAUUAUCUACGACAUAAAUCUCGCACAACUGAACAAAGGAGAAAGAACAACCAGAACCAUUCUGAUACAAAUGCAGUUUCAGCCUAUGGGGAUAUCCAUCACCGCCAAGAGGAAAGGAAGCACUUAUCAGAAGAUACGCAGGAGUCAGAGGAGAGUGAGGAGGAAGAGGAGGAAAAGGAAGGGAGUAAAGAUGAAGAGGAGGGGGAAGAGGAAGAGGAGGGGGAAGACGAGAACGAGGAUAGAGAAGGGGGGGAGAGGUCAGAAGAGAACUGUGAAGGGAAGGAGGAAAAGGAGGAGCAUGAUGAGGAAGAAUAUGACGAUGAGGGAAUGGACCAAAAUGGGGAGGAGGAUGAAACUGAGGAGAAAGAAGAGAAGUCGGAGGAAACGAGUUUUGGGGAGAAGUUUGAGGAGACCAUAGGGGAAUAUGAUUAUGAUGAGGAGGAGCGAGACUAUGAGAAAGAAGAGGAGGACAAGGGGGAGUUAGAGGAGGAGGAGUGGGAGGGGAAUGCGGAGGAGUGGGAGGAGGAUGAAGAAAAUGAGGAGGAAGAGAAAGAGGACAAGAAGAAGAAGAAGAAGAAGAAGGUGAAGGAGGAGAGAGAGGAAGAGGAGAGCCAAGUAGUAGAAGAACAGGAGGAGGAGAAUGAGUUGGAAGAGGCACAGGAAAAUAGAGAUGAAGAGGACAAGGUAAGGAAAAAGGAGAGGGUAGAGAAAGAGGAAAGCGUAGAAGAGGAGGUGGACGAUGAGGAAGAGGAUGAGGCGGUGGUGGAAGUUAUGAUGGUGGUGGAGGAGGCAAAACAACAGGAAAAGAGAAAGGAGAAAGGAGAUCAGAAAGACAUUAGGACAAACAAACAAUGCUCUUUGUCGUGCAUUCUUAACGAGCCUCAGGUGGUAACACCACGUGAACCAAAACGAUGCUCGCGGCCCAAAAUUCGACGUAAAUACAACUUUACCCCAGUUACUAAGAACUUGCACCUGGGCAAGCCAGCCUACAGCGGCGUGAACCUGAGGUCUUAUAAAGGGGCAAACAUGCCGGUGAAAGAGGAGACCCUUUACUGUCGCAAUCGGAGACGUUCUGCAGAAAUGCUGGAAGACAUCUAUCUGAGUGACGAACAGACGAGCCAACCGGAUGCCGCCAGUGACUGCUCGGAUUUGGAUUCCAAACAUACUGACUCACCUUCAUGGACUUAGAGUAAUACUAACGAGCGAGUGAACACUGGCUCUCCAUAGAGUUGUGUCAGCGGUAGACAUGCAAUUCCUUUGCUACUACACUUUGUGCCCAAUUGACUCCAUUGCUUUUCUGGGAUGUGUAAAGACACUUGAGGGCACAAGACAUUAUUGUGUAUAUGUAUAGUAUGACCUCUUUCAUUAAUUUCAUGGUUUGUUUACAUGCAACUUCCUGGUUUGUUUGAGAACAGGAUUAUGCAAAAACUUCUAAUUAAUUUCAAUGAAACGCUAGAGAUGUAUAUAACAUGGACCAAGGGAGCAAUCAUUAAAUCACUUUGUAAUGCACAUUAUUACCACCUUCAGCACUGGAGUGGAAGCCACCAGAGGAGUACGGUAACUCAUUGAUUUUGCUUGUGACCAAUGUGGCCUUUUUCAGUAAACGAGCAUGUCUUCCUGUGCCGGGUGGUAAAGUAUUCUUAUGCUGCUGAGAAAAAAAUUUUCAUUGCGUGCUGUCUGUAACCUUGAAAUUUCAUAAUUACCCUAAAUAUUUGGAAAAACCCUUCUCAUCCAAAAAUUAAAACCAGUCAAAUGAAAAAUAAAUACAGUGAACCCGAUACGUUGCAGACCCACCCGGAAUAUAGAGAACAUACUGUAUAACCCCCCCGCCACACGCUUUUACCACUUAAACCUAUUAAAACACUUUUUUUGGUGCCUGCUCUCCUUUACUUGCUGUCAAAAAAUUGGAGGCUCGUAUAAUGUCCUUGGAGAAAUUAAAAGACUUGUGCUUGCUCAGUUCUCCAAUUAAGAGGUAAAGUGUGCUUGCUUCAGGCUUUUUUUUUAAAUUUUUUUUUACUUUUUUUUUUUGUCACUCCCAGUUGAAGUUUACUGUAAAAGAACUAAACUAUAUGCUCAAACACCAAAAUGUUGAUCAGGCUUUUUUUUUAAUUAAUUUUAUUUUUUUUGUCACUCCCAGUUGAAGUUUACUGUAAAAGAACUAAACUAUAUGCUCAAACACCAAAAUGUUGACAUAAACCAUGUACUGUAAUUCUAAUUAAAAUCUGCUAGCUUAGUGCUUACAUAAUGCAAAAUGCCAAUGGAAAUAGGCAUCGAUGUUACAUUAAUCAUAAACCUUCAAACCACUCCUAAAUUAACUCAGAGUAGCAACCAAUACAAAAAGCAUACAUUACCCACAGGCAUAUUGCGUAAUACAUUACCCCAUUCUUUUUGCGGUUCUAUUAUGCUGAAUAUAUUCCAGUAGGGCGGCACGGUGUGAAAAUGGAUGGAUAUUCCAGUAGACCUUAAGUGCUGCCCAGCACAACGUAGAGCUGCACUAAAGACGUGCAAUUAAAUUUGGACAUUACUGUAUAAAAGAUUGCUUAAAAAUCUGCAAUGUAUUGGGGGGAGGGGGUGGUGACAGGUGAACAGAAACUAAAACAUUUGGAUUAAAGUAAUUCAUUUAAAAAAAAUACUAAAGUUGUUGGACGUUUUUACAUAUUUUUAAAAAAGUUUUAUUUAAUUUUUUUACCAUUUUAAGACUUUUUGUCAGGUAAGUUACUUAAUUUGCUUGAAAUGUUAUUUAUUUUAUUUAAUACUGUUUUUGUAUAUUAGGUUUAUUUUUAUAUAUUUUGUUGUUGAACUUUGUUUUUGUAGUACAAAGUAUUUUUGCACAUUGUUGUUUCAUUUUCUUCAAAUAAUAAACCAGAUGACAACAGUAA